AUGACUCCGAGUAUACUGUAUGCAAGCAUCAGUACACCAAUGAUAAUAAAUGUAAAAAUGUACAGCCGGCGGCUCGCCCUUCCGUUGGUGCGAUAUCUGGCGGCUUCGAGAUUUCUCCCUAUUUUUCAAGCCGAAAAAAUACUGGCAGUUCGUUGUCUUCACACUACUGCCAUUAUUAAGGACGUUGACAGCGCAGCCAAGUACAUCGGCGCUGGAGCAGCUACGAUCGGAGCUGCUGGCUCUGGAGCCGGAAUCGGUAGUGUAUUCGCUGCUCUUAUUUCUGGCUACACAAGAAAUCCAGCGUUAAAAAUGCAACUGUUCUCUUGCGCCCUUGUAGGAUUUGCACUUUCAGAAAUUAUGGGACUUUUUUGUAUUACCAUGGCUUUUAUGAUAUUGUUCGCAUUUUGA